AUGGCGCGGCUGCGGUCUGAAGGUAAGGCCUCUGACACGUCGGCUGAGCCUAAUUCUACAACACAAUUGCGAAAAAGAGGGAGGAAAAGUAAUGCAUUGAAAGCAUCCGUGCCCGAGCCUAGUGUUGAAGCAGAGACCAUUGUAUCAGCGAAGAAUACACGUCAACAAUCAUCUGCGCAGCCAAUAUCUGAGGACCAGCCUUCGUCGUCUACUCGAAACCGAAUCACCCGAUCGAACAGAAGAGAUUCUCCCCUUGCGAGACUACCAACGCCGACCCCUAAAAAGCGUCGCUCUACUAUCGCUGUAACCCAGGAGAAGUCCACGAAGCGUCCGCGCAACUCCACUCAUAACGAUGGAAAUGAAUCUACUAUAGAGGCCGAGCCGCCUCGAUCGAACCAAGACGAUGAGCAUGUUGCACAAGAGAGCGAUCAGUUUUUCAACGGCAUUAAUGCGAAUAUUCUUACCAAUCUUCGACCUGGCAGCAGUGCCAAGAACUCGGCGGAAAGGGAGGGCAGAGCAGUGGUCGAGGUAGCUUUACCUAAAGAGGUGGACGCAAACCACAAUAAUGCUGAAGCCAGUCAAGUGACAGAAGGGCGCGAGGCUAGUAGGGCCACUGCUGAGGAACCAGAAGUAAUUCAUGCCCCGGUCAGAAAGCGAAAUAGAUCGACCACAAGGGCAUCCCGAAGAAAAGCUGAAGCUACUGAUCAAGAAACACCUGGGUCAGAGCAACCAACCCCGCAGCCUGAUGCCUCACAAAGACAAGCUUUGCGUCCAAGUCAACGAAAGAAGAGACGGCAGAGCAAGAAGGCGGCAUAUGGCGAACCCAACUAUAGUUCAAGGGCACCAUCACCAGAACUAGGCUCACAACCCUCUCGAGCAUCAGCGGAACGAGCUCCUACACCGAAAAAGGCGCUGGAUGAACAGAGAGCGUAUAACAUACCAUCAUCCGACGACGAACAACCCAGUCAGAUCGUCUUGGGGAGGACCAAAGAUAAGGCGCGCUCAGCAUCAGCUGUGGCCAAUCAAGAGAAACCCAAGACUAAACGAAAAAGUAUGACGGACAACCGGCGAAGCAGUCAGUCGGGGCAGAAAACAGCUCAGCCUGAUCAGCAACAGGGCAGAUCGAGUCGACAAAGCAGUAAAGCCGCACCGGAACCUCGAGAUGAAGAUGAAGAGCAGCAAGAGGAAAGGAAAGAGGAGAAAGAAGAGCGGGAACAAAGUGAUGAUGGACAUGGUGAGAAUGAUGUCGAUUCUAGUGAAGAUGAGCCUGACGUGGAAGAAGAGCCUGAAGCAUCUCAUUUGGCUGAUGAUUCACUUCUACUCGACGCGCCACCGGAGAAUUCACAAUCAGGAAUCUUAAUCCGCACAGCCCGUGUGCCACGAAAACCCGUACAAGACCUCAUGUACUCAAUGACCCUUUUGGGGUGGAUGAACAAGAGGCGCUGGGAGAAGGAAGUUCUCGAACAAGCCAAAGCUGGAGCAGAAAGGUUGGCUGGCGACUCAAACUGCCGGGUGCUAUCGACGAUUAUCCUGGCCAAGCUUUACAACCUCUACAAACUGUGCAAAGACAUCCCGCGAGUAUCGAGGCUUGAACAGCUAGCAUAUUUACGUGAGCAUUCGAUACAACUUAGCACUUUGAUCAGUACUCUUCACCAAUCCAUUGACCAGUUCAUUUUGAACAUCAACACUAUAAUCGAAGAGGGGGACCCGGCUCGAGAGGGUAUCGGACGCCAGCACGUUACGAAACUCCAUAGACGUAUUAUUCCUACUCUGGUACUAGUGUUAGACCAAGCAUUCAAUGCUGGAUGCAGGCAGCCACUAGGGGAGAAUCAAAGAGCUAGCACCCAAAAGGGAGACUUCACAGUUUACCUAUUAGAGCCCUUGGAACGAGCUGCAGGCUGGACCCAAAGACUUUCCCACGUUGUGGAGAGCUGGUAUGAGCUUCACGCACCUAGAAGGGAACGUGACAGGGAGGAAAAGGCAAAAGAGCACCGGGACAGGUUCAACGCUGGCACAUUGGCACUGAAGCGAACGCUGGAGAAGGCUAAAGAAGACAUUGGUAGGCUCACGAUGACGCCUAGAGAACUUAGGAAACUCAGGGAAAGGGAUGACGCUGUGCGAAAAGAACGCGAAUUUGAAGCCCAACAACGCAGAGAAACUCAAGAUUUACAGAUGCAGCGUUUCAUACAAUCGGUCCAAAAGGUCAAAGUAUCUCAACCGCAACCCAGGAUGAGAUCCCACCGACAAGAGCUACGUAAUCCCCAACCAGCAGCGAGUCAUUUAGGCCUGGAUUCAUCACAAAGACCCCCAGAAGAGGGGUAUUUCGAGAAGCAUGGAUGGCAUUACUGGGAAGACGACCAGCUCCUGAGUUUGAUUCGAACCACGUCCCAUCCCAAUUACAGCGUCUUUUGCCAGAUGAUCCCUAAUAGGGACCCGGCUGAGCUGAGAGAGCGAUCGGAAUAUUUGAGGAGGGUCAUGCAUGACAAGUAUGAGCGUAAGGGUAUUUCGCCUCCAGGCUGGUGUAUCGACUAG